AUGAGAGAUGGGAGGCAAGGGGUUAGUAUAAGCAGAAAGAAUGGCCAGGAAGCUAUUAGAAUAUAUGAGGCACUUUCUGGUGUUGGAGCAGAAAUAGCACCUCGCAAGGGGAAGGAAAAGAAGGAAGAGCAGGUCAUCAGCCUUGGACCUCAGGUUGCAGAGGGAGAGAAUGUGUUUGGUGUCUGUUAUAUUUUUGCUUCCUUCAAUGACACCUUUGUCCACGUGACUGAUCUGUCUGGCAAAGAAACCAUUUGCCAAGUGACUGGUGGGAUGAAGGUCAAGGCUGACAGAGAUGAAUCUUCUCCCUACGCUGCUAUGUUGGCCACUCAGGACGUUGCCCAGAGAUGUAAAGAACUAGGCAUCACUGCCCUUCACAUCAAACUUUGGGCCACAGGGGGAUAUAGGACUAAGACACCUGGCCCUGGUGCACAGUCAGCCCUGAGAGCCCUGGCACGUUCUGGAAUGAAGAUCGGGCGAAUUGAGGAUGUCACUCCAAUCCCCUCUGACAGCACUCACAGAAAGGGUGGUUGCUGUGGUCGCUGUCUGUGA